CAUGCAUAAAGACACGACACGACGACACAAGCGAGGAUCACAAAUCACAAAAAGAAAGAUCGUGGACAUCACAUACAUAAUAUUCACACCAUGGACGCCGACGAAGCCUUCAAGCCAAUCCUCCAGUUGGCACGAGACUCUGCCAAUGCCAACUUGCCGACAAUCCGCACAGUGGUGAUGAAGGCGCUUUCCGAUCCUCGCGUCUUUACCGGGUUUGACGAAAUCAAGCAAGUCCUGCAGCCCAAACUUGCCACCUGCGGGGCGGAAGGAGAGAUCCUGUUGCGCACUCUGGAUCUCUUUUCCCAUGGCACAUUUGGGGAUUAUACUACUAGUAUGGCAGCGAUCAAGGGAUCUUCCUCAGUGUUGUUGACGCUGACAGACUCGCAAAUCUUCAAACUUCGUCAGUUGACCCUGUUGACGUUGGUGCACCAGGCUUGUCGCGAUGGCAAGCCUGGUUGUGCCAUUCGAAUUCCCUAUGCCACUGUGGCACAGGAGCUGGGACUUGGAUCACUUUCAGAAGACGACUCGUCUGCAGUCUUGCGACAAGUGGAAGGAAUCGUCUUGGAGUGUGUCUACGCCCGUUUGUUGUUGGCAGGACAAUUGUGCCAGAAAUCACAAUCAUUGUUGGUCUCGUCCCGCCAUGGACCUCCGUGUCGUCCACGGGAUGUCCCAUUGUCACGAGCAGGUGCCUUGUUGGAAAUUUUGACCAAGUUUCAUGGAACAUUGGACAAUGCCAAGAACCAACAAAACCACAUUCAGACGAGCCUGCAAAUGAAUUUUGAUUCCACACGACUCUACCACAAGGCAGUCCAUGACAAUGCCCGCAAGGCAGAACAUUCCAGUUCCGGAUCCAUGGCUACCGCUAGCUCUGCAUCAUUGAUUAUGGGUGGUGUCCGUGGUUGGUCCGAGCGACAAGGGGAUGAACGACGAUCCAGUGUCAAGCGCAGUCGAGGCGGUCUUGGUGGUUCCAUGGAACCGUUCAAUCGGUACUAGCUAGAUACGAAGAUAUCCAGAACAGAACGCUUUGGUUGUGUUGUCAGACGAAUGUAUGGACGAUAUAUACUGUAGCAACCGAGGAGGAAUUUCUAGCCGGGUCAUAAUUCAUUUCAUCAAUAAACUAGAUCAACGAAGCGACAUAG